ACAACAGUCAACAGUCAGCCAGCCAGCCAGCAUCUGUAAAGCCAUGUUAUUAUAAAGUUGGCAUUUAAAUAGUUAGUACGGUUUGGGUGUUCAUAGUGAUCGGUUGAUUAACGAAAAAAUAAGCUCUCGUGGAUAAGAAGAAAAUUUAAAAAAAAAAAAUAAAACGUUGUAUAAAAUUGAAAUAAAAAGUUGUGAUUUAGUUAUUGCUUGUGUUGCAAAAUCUAACACAAGAAGUGAAUUUGUGUGUAUUUUUUACCAAAUAACGGUCAGCAACGGCCUUAAUUUAAAUAACUCAAACAAAUAGUUCAAUUUACAAAAAAAAAAAAAUACAAAAGCAUUUAAAAAUAUGCUGCAUCCGCUUUUAAGCCCCAAAAUGCUUUAUGUAUAUGGAUUAAUCUGUUUAAGUUUGAUCCCAUUUACAAAUGCUUCAUUUCCAUAUUUUGGUACAAAAAUUGGUUCAUUAAAGCGAUUACAUCAUGGUGUUUCCGGCGAUGUUUACGCAGUUGAUUCGAGAACAAUAUUUGUGAAAAAAUUUAACUAUGAUGGUGAAGCACCAGCUGCCUAUUUCUAUGUGGGCAAUACCAACAAACCUAGCAAUGAAGGAGCUUAUCGUUUAAGGGACGAAAGAGGUGGAGCUGCUGCUUUGACACGACGCUAUAGAAACAAAGAUAUUACCUUAUCCUUACCCGAAGGCAUUAGUCUUAAAGACAUCAAAUGGUUUUCGGUAUGGUGUGAUGAAUUUGCUGUUAACUUUGGUGAUGUCACCAUACCUAGUAAUUUGGAUUUUCCAAGGCCGCAAAAAAUUAACAAUCUAAAUGGUGUACAUGAUGUUAAAUCCGAUAAUAUUGUUAUAGUCGAUGCCCAAACUUUAUUAGUGCCAAAUUUUAGCUAUGAUGGUGAAGCUCCCGAUGCUAAAUUUUGGGUUGGACAAGGUGAUCGUCCCUCACCCAAUGGCUUGCGUAUACCCGAUGAGAAUGGCAAAGAAGAUCCCUUAAGACGUUAUGAUCGCAAGACCAUAGUACUUACCCUACCCGAUGAUUUGACCAUUUUCGAUAUUGGUCAUUUUGGUGUUUGGUGUGAAGCAUUCACUGUCGACUUUGGUCAUGUUCGUAUACCGAAAAAUUUGAAUGUACCACCAUCUCUUAAAAUGUUGGGUAUUAGUCCUCAGUCAAAACUUAAUUGUGAAGUCUUAUAUGAUGAUAAGGCUUUCGAAGUACGCUGGGCAAUGGCUGGUGAUAGUAUCGUUGUACAAAUGGUGGCUAAAUUAGAUGAUAAUGAAUAUAUGGCAUUUGGUAUUUCACCGGACAAGGAUCGCAGUGUUAUGAUUGGCUCUGAUGUGGCUGUCAGUUGGGUGGAUAGGGCAACUGGUAAAGGUUAUGCCAUCGAUUACUAUUUGGAAGGUAAAUCUCAAUGUUCCGGCAAACGCGGCAGUUGUCCCGAUGUAAAUAUCGACGAUAAUACAAAUUCGAUACGUUUACUUAAUGCUGCCAUGGUAAAUGGCUAUUCCAUUGUCACCUAUCAAAGAUCAUUGAAUGCAACAGAUAGAUUAGAUUUACCCAUUGCCAGAAAUGGUUUUGAAGCCAUUGUCUGGGGUAUUGGUCCAUUGAAUGAACGCAAAGAAACUUCAUUCCAUUCGCAUUUUAAUAAACGUACACAUUAUAUUGAUUUUGGAAGACAACCAACAUGGAAUUGUCCAACACCUGAGGGACAAAAGCCUGAUCAAGAUGAAGACGAUGACGAUGAUGAGGAUCAGGUACAAAAAAAUCAACAAUCAGGCAAAGGUUAUCCCCCGGCCUCGAAACCUUCGAGAGGAGAUGGUGUACCCGAAGAGGAAUUCUAUGACAAUAAUAGGGCCCAAGCUUUGCAGGGAGCAAAUAGACGCCAAGAGACUACUAACACAAGGUUGGCACAAAGACGUCCAGUACCUACUCCCAAACCAGUAGUAAAUGAAAAUGGCGCCUGGGAUAUUCCCGCUAUUCAGUGUUAUGAACCAGAAGACGGCGUGUUCUAUGCUCAAAUGGGUCCAACAGGAGGCAAACAUGGUUAUUCAGCUAUUACAGGUCAUGUUGGUUGGGGUAUAUCAUGGUUCAUUAAUGGUCUAUUGAUUCCUGAGAUCCACGUUGUUCGUGGCAAGACUUAUACUUUCGUUGUAGAAGGUGGCAAUAAUCCAGAUGUACCCGCCAAAUAUCAUCCAUUCUAUAUAACAGAUGAUCCUAUUGGUGGUUAUGAACAUAAACGUGAGGAAGAAAAGAAGAAUAUACGCAUAUUUGCUGGUGUGCACAGAUCUCGUUCAGGACAAAUUACUCCCACCGGUGUGGGUCGUUUGUGUAAUUGGACUCCCGAUAUUGAUGGACCACCAGCUGAUGAUUACCAAUCAUUUGGUGCCUAUCAACGUACCUUAACAUUGAAAUGUGAUCCCGGUGAGCCUGGUGUUAUUACCUGGAAGCCAGAUCAAAAUACACCCGAUACUGUAUACUAUCACUGCUUUACGCAUCGUUAUCUCGGUUGGAAGAUUCAUGUGCAUGAUACGUGUGAUGACGCCCGUUUUGCAGCCUCGGAAAAACAUGCAGUACGUGUGCCAGCACCCGUAGCUGUUCAGGAAGAAGAUGAUGUAGCAGCGGAAGCAUCUUUACGUCAUGAAACAAAGGUCAGCCCCAACGAUAAUUUUUUGUUAAAGCACCAAACAGAUUUAAUUAAGAAUCACAAUAUGAACGGAACUCCGCCGAAAUUAACUUUUGAAAUAACAAAAUCAACGGAAAUUACUAAAUUGAUUUCAGAUGGGAUCCGAGCUGCUGAGGCUCUCGAGGAUAGCAUAUUGAGGCAAAAGCAACAACAACAACACCAACAGGCAAGUGGGUUAGUAAAUCAAGGUUUGGCCAACAACUAUAUAGUCAACAGCAACAGUAACCUUAACACAAACAGUGCUAAUGUUAGUCCUUCCUUGGGUACUAGUGCCUCAUCCCCCUCCUCCUCUAUACAUGAUGCCUCAAAGACGUCUCAAGCUGGUUCGUCACAUCCGUUGGUGCCACCACAGCAACCUCAAAUAUCAACAAAUCCGCCAGAAACUCUACAUGGCGAAACUAAUUUACAAGAAUUUUUAGAUUCAUUACAAUCCACAUCUUCACUCUCGCAAUCACUCUCAUUACCACAUUCUAACAAUAGACAAUCACCCGUCUUAUUAGCCACUCACUUACAAUCACAUUUAAACACACCAUAUAACAACAACAACCAUUAUCAUUUGGCACAGCCACACCAUCAUACUGCCAACAAUCUAACCAAUAAUUUACCUUUAAAGAAUUCACAGAAACCUAUAGGGCUGUCCGAAUAUUUAAGGCCACCAUUUAACGCACCACUUUUCCAUCCAGUUAAGUUGCCAGGUCGUCGUCCAUAUCCAGGACCCAUCAAAAAGGUACCCGCCUCUAAACCUAUAUUGCCACAACAACUACCAAGACAUCCUCCAGGACUGGGUGGUCCUGUACCCCAACCUUCAGUUAUUGUUAAUCACUAUCGCAAACCUGUACCCACUUUAUUGAGACCUUUCAUCAAAGAUAAACCAUUUCCAUUGCAACCAUUGGCGGCUUCUGUUCUUCUAUUGGGUCAACCAACCGAAUUGACUAAUACGCGUAAAACAGACAACCUGGUGCAUAUGCUUAAGAAACCUAUAAUACCAGUACCUUAUUCCGAUCUAAUGCCACAGGGAAGUCUUACAAAACCCAUUUUUAAUAACAAUAAUAAAAAUUCACUAGAUAAAUUAAAAAAUAAGCCGAUUUCACCGAUAAAAAUAGCGGUGGACAACAUAAAAACUCAUGAAACGUCUACAACAACCGUUAAAACAACAAAUGGCUUAAGUCAUGUGGGUGUUUUCAAAGAACCAUUCGUAAUGCAGGAAAUUAAAGAAGAACCCACCGCCGCUGAGCUUGCUACAAUGAAGCCAGCCGUAAAUGAAGGUUUUAAACCCGAUACAGUGGUUGUUGAAAGCGGCUUUAAACCUAUUCUAAGGCAGGAUGGUCCCAUGCCACCUCCCGAAGUGGUAGAACAAAUUGCAAGUCGUCGCGAAGAUCCAGGCUUAGAAAUUGAUGAAGCAAUGGAAACAGAUACUCUAUUCUUAACGUCUCAGCAGCAAACUCAAACUCAAAACUUUGAGCCCAUGUUUAUACCAUCCCCUCCGGACAGCACCAAUGCAACCAUAAUAAUACGCAAAACAUCUGACGCUCUAAAUAUGUACAACACCCCAGUUGCUCAAAGUAUGGCAUUGCCUCAGUCUAACAAGGACUUUGUAUAUAAUAAACCAAUUAGCUCAAUGUUAAAGUCAACUUUGAAUCUACCAGAAGCUGCCAAGUUAAGAAAUGCCUCAUUAGAAGAUAUACUUAAUGAAUCAACUGAACAGGAUGACAAUAAAAAUGGAGAUUACAAAGAGGAGAAUAUACAAAAUAAUAUAGAAGAAUCUACAACACAAAAACCCUUGAACACAAAACAAAAUAAUGUUGUAAUUAAGGAAAUUGAGGAUAUGUAUCCAUCUGAUGAAUAUAUAGACAUGGAAGGCUUUCAAUCUCAAACAAAACUUAAACUCAUAGCUACCACCACUACAAAAGAGGAACCGAAAAUCAAAUCAACCACUCCGGCCGAAGUUGUCUUGAAAUUGAGCAAAAUUAACAAAAGUGAUAAAUCCAAUUUAGAUGAUAUUGAAUUCGAUAGCGAUGAUUCCAGGGAUGUGGGAGAACACAAUGACGAUAACAACGAAAGAGAAGAUGACGAUGAUGAAUAUUUAUUUGAUUUAGAUCAACCCGAAGCCCAAGCCGCUGAACGUAUCGAUACCUAUUAUUUACCACCCGAUAAUCGUAAAAUACCACAUUCUAAUAUACCAAGUGGUUCUGUAAUAACUUUUGAUGGCAAAUCGGUAAUAGAUAGUUCGUUAGUUUUGCCACCUAAAUUGGAUACUGAAAGAGAUGAUACUUCGUCACCACGACUUUUUAAUGGCAACGGUAGACAAGGCCUUUCUAAAUUACAACAAUUAAUAAGAAGUACUCCCCAAGUUGUACCAUUUCGUGGUGAAAUACCACCUUUAACACCCGAUUUAAGUCCAGAUACUACCCAACGUUCAUUACAAUCUAAUAACAAAUUUAAUACGUAUUCGUCAUCAUCAUCAUUGCGAUCAUCACAAUCAACAAAAUUACAAAUAAUAAAAAAUAAUAGCAAUUAAUAAAUUAAAACACCAAGAAUUUCAAUAGAAUCAAUCAUCCAUCCAAUCAUCUAUCAUUCGCUCACAAGAAGCAUUAGUUUCGUUUUUUUUCUACUUAUUUUUUUAGUCUUUGUAGGCAACAAAUACU